AUGACACCAAAAUCUGUGCUCUACCGUCUACUCACGGACGAGCCCGACUACGAGGGCAUCGUCAACAAUUUCAUCGAUCAUGUGCGAUGUCGUCCGGAGGAGAGUCAAGCCACGGCCAACUCGGUCAGAAAUGGAAAGCUUCACGAGCGAUUUUCCCUCUUUGUAAUGCUACCGGCCGAGCUCCGACAAAAGAUCUGGAAGAUGUCGGUCGAUCCAGUUCUGGUCACCGGUUACCUCACAGCCCCUCGAGGUCUGAUCAGCAAUUCCGUGGUGCUAAGCAACUACACCGGUCCCGGAAACCGCUCAUUCCUGGGAACUCGAGACCACUACCAGGAAAUCAGACUUUUCCAAAUCAACCGGGAGAGCCGCGAGUUGGCUUUUGCGUACUGGGGAAGCCCACUGCCAUCGUCAAAAGGGGAGCUUCCCGCCUAUUUGUUCAACACACACACGGACACCCUGGCCAUCCAGCUGAGCUACUCGCACCUCUCUCGCAACAGAACUGCAAGAUCUAAUGUCAUCUACGAGUCUUCACCCUGGCAGGGAAUAGGUCGACCCGAGGUCGCUGCCCAGGCGCCUACUGCCAUGCUGAGCCGAAUUCACCGGAUCGAGCUCCAGCUCGACCGCGUCGAGGACCUGCAACCCGGCGGCUAUGACUGGACCCGCCCUGGUGCGACCAACCCAUUCACAUUUCUCUUCCAUUUCCGCAACCUCCGCCACCUCAGCUUCGUCUUCCGCCGCCCCCGACUCAUCGACAUUCCGCAAACCACAGAAGGAAUAACCGUGAUCAAUGUAAAUCGUGUCUUGCCAGUCACUGAAGCCGUCAAGCUCUACGACUACUACCACCUCGAGACCAUCCAGUGCCUUCACAGCUUUGUUCGCCUCUUCCAGAACCCCAGCACGCAGGACGAAGCCAAGACGGCGCUGCGCAACCUCCGCACCAUCAGCAUCACGGCCAAUCCGAUGUCCCUGAGACUCGAUCCGUAUUGGCUUCCCAACCGGCACAUGCACGCACGCAUAGCCAAGAUUCCCAAGGGCGCGUCGCCGCUUGCUUGUGCGAAUGACAAUAACAGUUUGGAGGUGGUGAGCCCGGUUGUCCCUGGUAACCUAGGCUCAAAUGGGUCCAUGCUUGAGGUUAAUGAUCUGGUUUGGGCUGUUUAUAACGCUAUGGAAUCGGCGUUAGCCGAAGCCGGACCCGGGGGCGUCGCUGCCCCUCCGGAAGAUGAAGAUGGCUCUACCUUCUCUGCAUAG